GAGAAAAUCAUGAAAUUGGGCUACCCAUACAAUAUUGCUGCGAUGAUGGAGACAGCCGAGCUAAGAACAUCUCGGACACUGUCAAUAGCCGAACGCCGCAAACAUCGUAUUUCAUGACUCAGAAAGGACUUGGCAUGAUACGAUGGCUUCAAAAGGUGUUCAUAAGACACGUUCUGCCCGUUAGAAGAUGAGAAUGAAAUAGCACAUCUAGUACUCUUUCUCUCAGUAUGACGUCAAGCCCGCCAUCACUCAUCGAAGUCGACAGCCUCGACGUUCAUGUCUUGAUCAAUGAUGAGAUUGAUCAAAUCUCGCCGAGCCCAAACCCGCGGGUUCAGCAUGCCCAAUCCUUCGCCGGUGUCCCAUUGAGCCCCGUGUCUGACCCCAGCUCUCGAGGAGGAGCUCGGUUGGAAAUGCCAAUGCGAAAUAUCUGUUGCGGCGCUCAUGGCCUGUCCUUGUUUAUCACAGCGAAGAGGGACGAUAAGUCUCACACGCUGCUUUUCGAUGCCGGACCCGAGGAAGACGUUUUCGAGAAAAACGUCCAGAGACUCAAGCUCCCAAUGACUGACAUAGGUGCUAUUGUUCUUUCGCAUUGGCAUAGAGAUCACUCUGGUGGGCUUCUCUCGGCGAUUCGGCUCGCCAGCAGCGGGAGGUCAGAUGGCGAUCAGGUCAUUGUUGCGAUUCCUCCAGAUAAGCCAACAUUCAGAGGAAUUAUGUUCGAUCAACCUAUAUCGCUAGAGGCAGACCCUACUGUGGAUGAGGUCAAUAGUGCCGGUGGCAAGACAGUUGUCUUGGAUGAGGCACGGACCAUUCUAGAUGAUGUCUUUCUCAUAUCUGGAGAGAUUCCGCGCCAGACAGAGUAUGAAGGUGGCAUCCCAGGUGGUGUUCGAUAUGACCCGGCCAAGGAUGAAUGGAUCAAGGACGAGUUGAUCAUGGAAGAGCGGUUUGUCAUGUGUAAGCUCAAAGGCAAGGGCCUGGUCAUCUUCACUGGCUGCAGUCACGCCGGCCUCAUUAACAUUGCCAGGCAUGCUAAAACCAUCGACGACAGCCCUAUCUACGCCAUCGUUGGCGGCUACCACCUCGCAGAUGCGUCGCCUGAUAAGAUGGAGCAGAGCAUGAAGGAUCUCAAGGAUCUCAAGCCGGCUUUGCUGAUGCCAGGACAUUGUACUGGAUGGAGGUUUAAGGGACUUAUUGAGAAGGAAAUGCCAGGUCAGAUGGCUCCGAUUUUUGGCGGAACGAAGUAUACACUGUAAACGAACAUCUUUCAUCCUUUUUGGUCUUGAAAAAUGUGCUAGAUAUCUCGGCGGGGAUGGUCAAUGCUACUCUCGACGUGCUGGGUAGCUAAAUGGUUCAACGGUUCAAUGAACACAUGGCCAUUUGAUCGCCUAACAAACCGUGAGUGCAUCUUCCAUUCGGUCUCAGUUCAGUUUCCGUACACUUGAAUCUUGAUCCUCUUCGCCCCGUUUCGGGAUGUAACGUCAAACAAGAACAGGGAGGGGUUCCCCGCAGGUAAAAUACCCCAUGCGUCGGUGAUCGACAUACCUUAACGCAAAAUCAAGAUGCGCACCUAUUAGCAAUUGAAUCUGUGAUCGUAUGUUAGCUCGUGAGGUAGCCGCACCUAUCGAAUCGUGAGUAUGGUGUCAUGAGUUUCCAUUCUCGUCCCGUCUGCAUCUAAG